AUGGAGAACGACGAGCUGUUUGUGAGCUCAUCGGCUCUCCAUGCACAGCAACUGGCCGGAAAACACGCAUCUUCGAAGGACCGCCCAUUGCAGAUUCAUACUGAACCGCUAUUGGUCACAGACUCGGACGAUGAGCCAGAGCUCCCACGCGACAUAGACGACUUAGAUACCCGACCGCGAUGGAGACAAGCACACAUUUGUUGGCUGCUACCAUUUGGCCUGCUUUUCAUGCUGGGAUUUGGUGGUCUCGCAGUGCCCAAGAUCAAUUUGAUCAUGUCCUUGAUUUGCCGCGACCAUUUUGCCGAGAAGGCGCUCAAAGAACCUGCUUUUACAUACCUGCCUGUCAUUUUCGGUGACGACAAUGCCCAGUGCCGAACCCCCGAAAUUUCGGCCCUUGUCGCCCAAUUUCAGCUUUAUCUCAACCUGAUCACCGGCAUCGUGUCGGCAUUGGUUAGUCCUCGAUUGGGCCAAAUGUCCGAUCGUUAUGGUAGAACCACAUUGAUUGCAUUGGGCGCUAUGGGCGCCGUGCUUAGUGAGGUCAUAUCCUGCAUUCUGGCGACAUGGCCCGAAAAGAUGUCGAUCAAUGUGUUUUUGAUUGGUGCUUUGAUGGAUGGGUUAGGUGGCUCAUUCACCACUGCACAGGCGUUGAUCCACUCCUAUGCCACAGAUUGCACGCCGCCUGAGAAGAGAAGCGUAGCAUUUGGCUUAUUUCACGGUAUCCUGUUCCUUGGAAUAUCGAUUGGACCCAGCGGAGCUGCCCUGAUCAUUAAGAAGACUGGAAGUUCGCUACUAGUAUUCUACCUCGGGGUUUCAUUGCACAUAUUAUUUUGCCUCGCUAUAGCCUUCAUCGUGCCGGAGUCACUUUCCAAGCAACGGCAGCUCGCAGCUCGUGAGCUUCAUCACAAGAAACAGGCCGGCACGGAUGCGACACGUUGGUAUUCCUGGAGGUCACUCAACCCGAUAAACCUCUUCACACCACUAGGUAUUCUUCUGCCCGCCGUUGGACGACCAAGUACUCUAUUUCCCAAUCGAAAGGGUGCCACGCCAGCUCUUCGGCGGAACAUCAUUUUGCUCUCCACGCUGGACACGGUGGUCUUUAGCGUUGCUCUCGGCACGGCAAGUGUUAUUAUCAUCUAUGCCGAGUUGAUAUUCAACUGGGGCAAUGUCGAAUCUAGUCUAUUUAUCUCGAUAGUGAACAUCAUCCGCGUGGUCAAUCUAUUCGUUGUUCUCCCUAUCAUUGCCCGAUUUUUCCGCACAUCAGUUGAGGAUGACGGUGUGAUUCGUGGAUCUGACAGUCUUGACAUUUUCAUCAUCCGUUUAUCGAUUGUUUUCGAUGUUCUUGGCUAUAUUGUAUACGCAAUGGCAAGAGAUCCCAAGGUUAUGAUUCUGGCAGGCGUGGUCACCUCACUUGGCGGAAUGGGAUCACCGACUCUGCAAUCAUCUCUUACGAAGCAUGUCCCUCAUGAGCGCGUUGGGCAAAUGCUCGGGGCCACAGGUCUUUUGCAUGCUCUUGCCCGGGUUGUUGGACCUACCAUCUUCAAUACGAUUUACAGCCUGACCGUCACAACCUACCCCCAGGCAGUCUUCGUGUGUCUUGUGGUGGCCUUUGGGUGUGUACUCUUUGCGAGCUUCUUUAUCAAAUCAUACGUUACCCUUGAUCAUGAAAUCGAGCCUGACUUGGCAGUUGAGGCUAAUGAAGAUGGAGAGAGCGAACACGAUCAGCUAUUGGUACGCUGA